CGCGCGCGUCAUCGUCGGGUCGUUGUGAACGGCGCACAAAGCGCGUAAUAAUUUCGCAGAUUCCACGCGAAAGAUCCGCGUGUCGGCCUCGGGUUGAUCUGUCCAGUCGUCAUCAUCGUCAUCGUCAUCGCGACCGAUCGCGUGAUCGUCGUUGAGCGUCGUCGACAUCGUCGGAGCGCGAUCUCAUCCCCGGAAAACGAAAAGUGCGCGGGGACAAAGAGAUCGAACUGCUUGCGUGCGUGCGUACUGGAGCAGGUACACGGACUAUUAAAAGGCAGCCAGAGGGAGGGAGAGAGAGAGAGAGAGAUAACAGCAUCGAGUGACAUAUAAGUGCACAAGGGUGGCCCAUCAGGGUAACGGGGUGUGUGUUGCUCCAACAGCUGUAGCCGUCCUUUCUCCGUCUCGCUCCAUUCUUUCCCCUUCUCCCCGCCCCGUAGACGGCAGCAGCAGCAGCUGAGGAAGAUUCUCGACGGGGCGCACUCGCCCUAGAGAGACUGUCACACGCGCGCUAUUAAUAUACCCCUCGGUGGGGCACGACAGUCCACGACAGUCGUUCACGAACGUCUUUCGAGUGCGGACGGUGGAGCGGAGGAGCGUCUGUGUGCCAUACAAGGCAAAGUGGUAGCUGCAUAGAACGGAGCGAAUCAACGGAGGAGAGACGCCUGCACCGGGAAACGCAUCGCCAUCGAGGAGACGAGGAUAGAAAGAGAGAAGGAGAGAGACGUGAGAAGGGAAGGAGGUGCGCAUAUCGUGCACGCUGGAUGUCGUGGAGCGCCGUCGACGCCGCCGACGAUUGAUCCUACUGCUACGACGACGACGAUCGACGUGCACGCGAUCCGGGGACGAUGGAAAGAGAACGACUCUGGGACCGAGUCCCGGCCGGUCGCCGGGUGAUGCGAGCUAUGGAGUGGCUCUUGUGGGACGCGUGCUGCUGGAUGUACCAGCGAGUGAUGAGAAUCAACCGACGCGAGAACGUCGACGGCAGCGCAGCGGCAGCGUCUUCGUGGGUCACGGUGCCCCGGGAGGAGGUGCCCGCGUGGUUGCGCGACCUCCUGUGGACAGUACCCGGGACGUGCCGGAGUAAGGUGUGCCAGUAUAUCCUCGCCCUGGAGUUGACGUUGUUCUGGCACGACGCCGCCUUCUUCGUCAAUCUCUACCUGGUCAUCAUGCUCUACGUGACGUACUGGAUUUGUAACAUGAUAGGAUUAUGCGAGAGAAUACCGAAUACGCCAGAAAUAAUUAUCGGCGUGUAUGUUAAAGUCCAAAUAAUAAUCGCUUUCAUAUUCAUGGACACCUUGGCCCCUGCAGAGGGAAGGGUGUGCUGUUCGGGUCACUCGCUGUGGAGAUGUUUGCAGAAGUUGCGGAUCAAGAAACCAGGAUUGCAUUGCAUCGCCGUUUGUUUCAUAGCCUUCCACAUAUGGCUCGUCGACCAAAUCAAGCCGUCAAAAUCAUUUACUUUGUCGGCGUACUGUAUUCUGUUACUGGCAUCUCUGAUAAUGCGAUUGUCUGAGAUAGUAUCAAAGUACUUCAUGUCACACAAAGAAUGGCAAUGUGACAGUGAAAUUGAGGAUGAAUUUUUACCUUUAGUAACAGAGGCAAAUAUGCUGGUAUUAACUCGAGUGGGGGAGACGGGCGAUCAUUCGCCAACACCGACAAGUGUGCAAUCGGACACUCAGAAUGAUUCUUUUUACGACGAGGAUUUCAUAGAAGGCCUCCAGGAGAUAGCAUUCAACAUGCCCUACCAUGGAGAAGGUAGCACCGACGGUGUCGAGCUAUCGGAACUGGAACUCAGCGUCGGCGAGAACGAUGCUGAAGAGAACGAUAUAAAGUUUCAGACCGGUCAUUUCGAGAAGAGCUCCUCGUCCUCUUCCGAGGAAGAAGUCUUCGACGCGAAGAAAAUCGCGGCCAGCAGCGACGAGAGCAAUGGUGACGAUAGCGACUUCGAAAUAAUCGACAAGGAGGAAAUAGCAAAGAUAGAAAAGUGAUGAAGUUUGAUUGAGAUAAAAAGAAAAUACGGAGGGAUUAUCGCGCGCGACAGUUAUGAUGUAAAGCUGUAAGAAAAUCAUUUCUGAUCUCUGCAAUCGGCCACGAACGAGACAAAAAAUUUAAUCGAGCAACGAUAAUCAAUGGCGACUUCGCUUGAAACGCGAUUGUUUCGGUCGAAUAUGAUGGUAAAUUGAAAUAAAGAAAAUAAUAUAUCGUUUAAGUUAUAUAAUUGUCUCCCGAUCACAACGUUGUACUCGCGCGCGUACGAAAGUCUCGAUCUUGGUCGAAGAUACGAAGAAAAAAAAAUUUAUUUAUUUAGACGAAUUCAGUCGAACGCCCGUAUCCUUUAUUCUCAACCGGUUCUAGUCUUGCGCUACUUUGUCAUUAUAAAAAAAGUAACGAAGAGUAGAAAGGCGGAGACUUAAGAAUAAGGGAACUCAACUGUAGAUACAUAUAUAUGUAUGUACAAUAUGAUACUAUUGGUAUUGUAUUUAAUGUUUUGGAUGAUAAAUAGGCGUAUAUACAUUUGCAAUGUAAUAAAUAUGCACCUGUGUACAAACGUUUUAACCUGAAGAGUCAGUUUGACCUAAUUGCUACAAUUAAGCAAUUGCACGGUAAGGAUGCGAAAGGUACCUAAAUACGAUCAAUAAAAGCUGCACUCCGGUAGCGCAAAACAAACAUUUUAGAUGUAAGAAUGUAUUAUAUUGUAACAUGUGUCUGUGAGAUGUGUAAAAAUAAGAAAACAAAUGCGCGAGAAGAUAUUGACAGUGUUUGUCGAGUCUGACGCGUUUUUGCAGCUCGUUUAUGAUUGAUGUCUUGCUCUUAUCUAUGCAUCUCGUAUAUUUGAAAAAAUACACGACAGAUGAUAUAAAAA